AGCUUGAGUGGGCGUGACCUUGGUGCCUGUCAGUCGGAGGAAGUGUGUUGAAAGUUCAUUUUGGAACACUCUUCGUGUCUAGCUCGACUGGGUAGCCCCUAAAUACAUCUUUUCCACUAAUCGAACUUAGCAAAACACGGGAUCUAUCGUAUCAGUCAAGAUGCCUGCCUUGUGUCGCUCUGUGGGCUUUUGUGCUUCUCAUCUACACACAAGCAGUCGUGCCUCUGCCAAGCAGCAUUACAAAAUGCUCGUGCUCGGAGGAGGAAGUGGUGGAAUUGCAAUGGGUGCACGCAUGAAAAGAAUGCUGGGAGCUGAGAAUGUGGCUGUCGUGGAGCCCAGUCAGAUUCACUACUAUCAGCCUCUCUGGACUCUGGUUGGUGCCGGUGCUAAAACUCUUGCUUCAUCAGGAAGGCCCACAUCAAGUGUUAUGCCAUCAGGCGUCAAGCUGGUGAAAUCUAAAGUUCAGGAAAUAAACCCAGACACAAACACUGUCCGCACUGAUGACGGGACUGAUAUCUCGUAUGAGUAUCUGAUCGUGGCUCUCGGUUUGCAGCUCCAUUUUGAGAAGAUCAAAGGUCUUCCUGAGGGAUUUGAACACCCAAAGAUUGGAUCCAACUAUUCUGUUGAAACUGUGGACAAAACUUGGACCGCACUACAGAACUUCCAAGAGGGUAACGCUGUGUUCUCCUUCCCAAACACUCCAGUUAAAUGUGCUGGAGCGCCACAAAAGAUAAUGUACCUCACGGAUGCGUUCCUCAGAAAGACAGGAAAGAGGGAAAAGGCCAAUAUCAUUUACAACACAUCACUUCCUGUGCUGUUUGGGGUGAAGAAAUAUGCAGACUCACUUUGGGACAUUGUGAAGCAACGUAACCUCAAAGUGAACCUGAGGCAGAACCUGAUUGAAGUACGGGCGGACGAGCAAAAAGCUGUGUUUGAAAAUCUUGAUAAACCGGGCGAGAUCACAGUCUUUGAGUAUGAUAUGCUUCAUGUCACGCCACCCAUGGGACCCAACUCCGUGAUUAAAGGCAGCCCACUGGCUGAUGAGGCUGGCUGGUUGGAUGUCGAUAAAGAGAACCUUCAACACAAGAGGUACCCGAAUGUGUUUGGGAUUGGAGACUGUACAAACUUGCCUACUUCAAGAACAGCUGCUGCUGUUGCUGCACAGUCGGCUGUCCUGAACAGAACCAUCAAAAAGAUAUUGAAAAAUGAGAAACCAGAUAAAAAGUACGAUGGCUACACGUCAUGUCCAUUGGUUACAAGCUACAACACAGUUGUUCUGGCAGAGUUUGACUACAACGGUCAACCCCUGGAAACGUUCCCCAUCAACCAAGCCAAAGAAAGGAGACUCAUGUACCACAUGAAAGCUGAUGUGAUGCCGCACCUCUACUGGCAUGGGCUCCUGAAGGGCUUAUGGGGCGGACCAGAACCAUACAGGAAACUUCUUCAUCUUGGAAUGAAAUGAGUCCUCACUAUCAGUGUGCAUAUUGAAAAAAAAAAACUCUUUUUCCUUAACAGACUAUAAGUAAGACUGAGCUUUUAUAUUACCAAAUAAUACAAUGGCAUUGCUUAUUUUUAUUCAGAUUCUCUCAAAGAGAGAAUAUUGUGCUGCUUCGUUCCUGACUGAAACAAUAUGUACCAAGAAACUCGAUUUUCUUUUCCGCAUCUUUAUGCUUCAUAAUGAUUCAUUAUCAUUUUCAGUUGAUAUUACUUGACUACAUUACACAACCAGCUCUUAGUCCGGGCCUUUAGUCUGAAAUUGGCUGUGGGACAAUGGAUUUUACAGUUUAAACUAUAAUGCUAUGAUUUGUUUCGAGUUGUGUAAUUGUAGUUGAGCAUUGGUCAAAUUUACUGAAUAGCAGUUGGUCUUCCUUGGGUAUAGCGAUGUGUUUCUGACCUGAACUAUGAAUGUGAAUGAAAACUGACUGAAAGUCUAUCACUGUUUCUAAUCUGCACUGGAAUAGUGGCAGAAAUUGGCAUGUGCGAAGUGUGCGACGGGCAAUUGGACUGGCUUUGAGCAGUGGCAAUGGCAAUGAGUCUUUCAAAUCUACAUACAGAUACAGUAUUUUGGCCCACUCUUCCUUGCUGAACUGUUUUAAUUCAACAACAAUGAAGGGUUUUCGAGCAGGAAUGGCCUUUUUAAGGUCAUGUCACUGUAUUUGAAUCAGUUUCAAGUCGGUGCUUUGACUUUGCCACUCCAAAACCUUCAUUUUGUUUUCUAUAAGCCAUUCAGAAGUUGAUUUGCUGGUGUGUUUUGGAUCGUUAUCGUGCUGCAGAACCCAAAGUCCGCUUCAGCUUGAGGUCACAAACCGAUGGCUGCAUAUUCUCCUUCAGGAUAUUCUGUUAAACAACAGAAUUCAUGGUUCCAUCAAUCACAGCAAGUUUUCCGCUCAACUUUCAUCUGUCAGUCCAUAGAAUAUUCUCUCUAAAGUGUUGGGAAUCAUUCAGAUUUUUUUUUUUUUUUUUUUUUUGCUAACGUAAGAUGAGCCUUUGUUA